AGUAUUGUUUCUACCGCGAAGACGUGAAGAUCGCUCCUUCCAAAGCACUUUCGUGAGUUAAAUAUUAACAGUGGAAAGUCUCAGAGAAGUCAAGAAGAAAGAAAUGUGUUCAAUUGCAUUAAUAAUAGAGUGGCUAUAAUAGUUAUGAAUUUAGUGAAUUUCGUUAAAUCACUUCCAAUUUAAUCAAUUUAGUUAUAUCGAAAGUUUCUCUAUAAAAAACGCUUCUUGUGAAUUUUUUAUUUACAAUAAAAUGUCCAAAAAUUGGAUUAUUAUCUUAGGUGCCAUAAUGUCAAUAAUAGGAUACACAAUAGGCCAACAGAUGCAGACAUCAAAUAACUUUCACUCUAGAUCAAAUGGUUUUAACUUACAGCCAUUUUAUCCGCAUCAACACGAUCACUUUACACCCUACAAUCAGUACAACUUUCUCACAAGCAGACAAUCAAGUGAUAUGGCGAGAUUUGGGAGACCCUAUGAACCAGUGGAAUAUUACAAAUUACCAAAUAGACCAAUAAAAUCAUAUCAAGAUCCUACCCAGGUGGCAAGAUUUCGACGACAGGACACUUAUAAAAAAACGGAAAAUCAGGAAGAACGAGGACUUUCGCCAGUAGCUUUCUCUAGAAUUUCUGAGACACUUGGAGCUCUUAAUACUGUUGGGCAAUAUUUGGUGAAUGUAACACGCGGUGAAUCAGCCCCUAUAAUUCACACAAGUGGGUCAUCAUCCAACGACAAUGUACCCAGUGCAAUUCUCACUCUCACUUCCAAUGUACUGGGGAAAAACCUCACGAACACAAUAGAACCGCUUAUUAAACAAAUGGGUAAUCUAGGCCAAAGUAAUUCAUCUAGCGACAAAUCAAGCAAAAGAAUAGAUUCCACAUCAAAGGAUAAAAAGAAAGCUUCAACUAAAGAUCCUCCGCAAGCAACAUCAAAGGCGGAAGCUAAAGACAAUGAACACCGCUGCAGAACGCCAGAUGGUCAGCCUGGAAAGUGCCAGGAUCUCAGUAGUUGUCCAAGUUUGCUCUUGGACUUGGGACACUUGAGAGAUUCAUUGUGUUUCAAGAGCCUCUUUGUACCUGGUGUAUGUUGUCCAGUGCGUGAGUCAACUAUUUUAACAACGCAAAGACCAAUUGUUCAAUCACCUGUGAGGCCAGAGACAACAACAUCUGCAAGCCUUAUCAUCAAACCAAUAGGACCCUUAACAACGACAACGACUAGACCAAUGGUUCCUGUUUUCACAGUGCCAUCUGGCCAAGCAGAAGACUUAAAUGCCAUUGACACAGAUGACAACUCUGUAGGACAAAUAGUUGAUCCUGCAGAUUGUGGUCAGCAAGAAUAUACAACUGGACGAAUUGUUGGUGGAGUUGAGUCUCCAAAUGGACAAUGGCCAUGGAUGGCAGCUAUUUUCUUACAUGGACCCAAAAGAACAGAAUUCUGGUGCGGUGGUUCUCUAGUUGGCACAAAAUACGUCCUGACUGCUGCUCACUGUACUAGAGACUCAAGACAGAGACCAUUUGCAGCUCGGCAGUUUACAGUAAGAUUAGGAGAUGUGGAUUUAUCAAAAGACAGUGAACCAUCAGCUCCAGUAACCUUCAAAGUGAAAGAAGUACGAGCACAUCCUAGAUUCUCCCGUGUUGGAUUCUACAAUGAUAUAGCCAUAAUAGUGCUUGAAAAACCUGUAAGGAAGUCCAAAUACGUUAUUCCAGUCUGUUUGCCGACAAGAAAUCUUCCGUCACCCGAAAGACUUGCCGGGCGAAGGGGGACGGUUGUAGGCUGGGGAACAACCUACUACGGUGGAAAGGAGUCUACAACACAACGGCAAGCUAACCUUCCUGUAUGGCGCAACGAGGACUGCAAUAGAGCAUAUUUCCAACCAAUUACUGACAACUUCUUAUGCGCGGGAUACUCUGAAGGUGGUGUAGAUGCGUGUCAAGGUGACUCUGGAGGACCAUUGAUGAUGAGGAUUGAUGCACGAUGGACACAGCUGGGCAUUGUGAGCUUUGGUAAUAAAUGUGGUGAACCUGGUUACCCUGGCGUCUAUACCAGAAUAUCCGAAUAUAUGGAUUGGAUCCGUGAAACAACAAAAAAUUAGUCACAAUAGAAUAAAAUUUUAAAUUAUUGUAUAUAGAAAAUAAUGAAACAGGAAGACUCUUUUGCAAUUUAUAUCAAUAAAAUCAAUUUUUUAGUUAUUAUUUUUCGUCAUAAAAUAUGUUUAUACAUUUUCAAUACAAAUUUUUUUUUGUGACUCUUCUGUCUUAAUUAUCAUUUUUUAUGGAUUUUCUAAAUAAAUUUGUGAUUAUUAUUUAUCUUACCUACAUUCUGAUAUUUAAAACUCAUCUAAUUUGAAUAUAAAACUUCAACCAAAAUAGAAAAUAAACAUUCAUAUUUCAAUUGCAUUGUUAUUUUUUCAUUUUUUGUUUUUUUUUUGUUUUUUGUUUCACAAAGUGUCAUUUAUCAUAUUGUUUAAAGAUUUAUUUGAAAAUUGGAUUUUUGGUUACUUUAACCAUUCACUUAGGAUAUCCUACUCUGGAGUUUUACCCCUACAUCAGUUAUUUUAAAAUAUUUUUUUAACGCUUUUUUUGUUUUAGGCAAAUUACAAACAAUACAAACGGUGUCAAUAUAGCAAUUUAUUUUUCAAAACUGAAUUUUUAUUAAUUGAUUUUGCAUUGGAUGCACAUCUCGUUUUAUCGUAUCUAACUCCUAAAGUUUCUUUUUUCUCCCAAUUUUCUUGACUCGGUCACAAACUUUAUCUUUCUAAACCUAUUCUAAUUAAUUCUGUUUCCUCUGCCGUAUUAUCGUGAUAGGCUUACGUUUUUUUUUUUUUGUUAAAGAUAGGUCUUUUUGCGAGUCAAUUUAAAAUAAUACUGCUGUUUUUAGUCUGUCUUUUCAUUGAGUUAAAGUAAAAAUAUCGUAUUACAAAAUGGAUUUUAGGUCCUAUAUGAUUUUAGGCUUGUUUAUUUCUCACAAAAUUUAACGAUUGUGAAUCUUAAUUGAACAUAAAAUUUAUCGCAUAUCACAAAUUUAUGGAUUUAUGAAAGUGGUUCUUCGUUUUUUUUAAUUGAAACUUAAAUAUUCUAUUCCAAAAGUUUCCUGCUAAAAGCAUUUUACAAUUCUUCUUAAAGAACAGCCUCUCUUUUCUUAUUAUUUUUAUUUUUGAUUUUCAUGCAAAAAAUAAUAACCCAAAUAUUUCAAAAGUCAACACAAUUGCUUAAAGAAAAAUCAAAUUUUAAUUUUUUUUUUAAUUUUUUGUUUUUUAAGUUCGAAAAUUUUCAAGAAAUAAGGAAAAAAAUCAAUCUAAGUGGAUCGAAUUUGAAUUGUUUGAGAGCUCUUCUAUCUAUUUACACAUGAUCUAUUUGUAGACAUGUUUUUUUUUAAAUUUCUUUUACUUAUAUAGUCAGAGUCGAAGUUACAGAAACCAAUGGUCAUGGGAUAUUGAAUGAUUUUCGAAAAGGCUAAGGGCAUUCGGUCAUCGUGCUAACACGAAAAUGAAUAAUGAAAUGUGAAGAAUCUUAACAGUGAUAACUGUAUGCUAUAGUUUCUUUAACGUUAAAUAUACAUAUUACAUACGUCAGAUUGUAUAUACUAGUCACACUUUUCUUAUAUAUACAACAUCGGUAUUUUAAUAGCAAACCCUGUAUUGAAAGAGCAGAUUUUGAAAAUCAUUUUUUUUUGGUUUAUUCCUUUGAAAAAUCUUAAGAAAACUAAUUCAAAAUUCUGCAAAUUAAAAUAAAUAUAUUAAAAUUGUUCGCAAUUCAUUGUCCACCAAUUAAGCCAUGAUUUUAAUCCAAUGUUAUCAAAUAUGCAAUUAAUAACAGAGUUUUAUAUAUGUAUUUUCAUAAAAUUUAAACAAAUAAAAAAGAAGAUACAUAUUUUUAUAAGUCUAUAAUACCUAACAGUUAGUUUUGACUUCAAUUUUAUUAAUUUUCUAGUUCAUAUUCUAACAGCUUCUAAAUUCCUCACAAAUUUUCUUAUAUCUUUAUUACAUAAAGUCAUUUAUUUAAUAUAAAAUUUUUUUUAUACAAAGCUGUCAAACAGCUCUAUUUGGAAAAUAUCAUUACUUUUUACAUAAGUUUAAACAACCAAUUGGACAGAAAAGAAGACUGAACACACGGAUUUCUAUACUUCUAAAAUAAAAGUAUACAAACAAUUGCACAUGAUAUAUCAAGAAGAAACCUUUGAAUAUCCUUUAAAAUCCAUUCUUCAAAACUUUUCAAAAAAAAAUUUAAAAGAAACUAUUCUUAAUUUGUUUUUCGAGAUUUAUCUAUUAAAAACACUAUAACAAAAA